AUGGGGCCGGUGGGACACGCCAGUCACCCGCGGGCGGAGAGGCCGCGGACCCCGGGCGGGAUAGGACUGGGGCGGGGCCACGUUCCCGGCGGCGGGCAGGGCCUGGCAUCUCGGCGAGGGGCGGGGCUUGGCCUUUCGGCGGGGGGGCGGGGCCUGGCCUUUCGGCGGGGCGGGCGGGCCCGGGAUCUCCGCGGGGGGCGGGGCGCGCCGGGAAAAGUUCCGGGAAGGUGGGCCUCCCGCCCAGGCCCGGCGCGGAAGUUGCCGGUGGUCAGUACCCUGUCGGCCAGGCCCGCAGCCAUGUCGUCUGGGAACGCGGGGUCUGGCGGGCGGGAGGGCGCCCCGCGCGCCGCUGCCGCGCUCUGCGGCCUGUACCACGAGGCGGGGCAGAGGCUGAGGCGCCUGCAGGACCAGCUGGCCGCCCGGGACGUCCUCAUAGCGCGCCUCCGCGCCCGUCUGGCCGCGCUCGAGGGGGACACGGCGCCGUCGCUCGUGGACGCGCUGCUGGAGCAGGUGGCGCGCUUCCGGGAGCAGCUGCGGCAGCGGGACGGCGGCGCCGCGGAGGCCGCGCUGCGCCAGGAAAUCGAGAGACUUUCCGAGCAACUAGAAGAAAAAGAGAGGGAGACGAAGCAGCUGAUGAGCCAGCCGGAGCGGGAGCAGAAGGAAGUGGCCCUGCUGAGGAGAGGCGCGGCCCAGAAGGGGCGGGCCCCGGCUGCCAGCGACAUCCUGUGCCGCUCCCUGGCCGACGAGACGCAUCAGCUGCGCAGGACGCUGGCCGCCACCGCCCACAUGUGCCAGCACCUGGCCGAGUGUCUGGAUGCACGCCAGCGCGCAAAGGGGGACGCGGGGGAGAGGAGCCCCGAGCCAGCGUGUGCAGAUGGGGACGGCUCUGUCCACGCGGUUGUUGCGAAGUUACAGGAGGAGAAUCGACUGUUGAAGCAGAAGGUGACUCACGUGGAAGACCUCAAUGCCAAGUGGCAGCGCUACGACGCCAGCAGGGAUGAGUACGUGAGGGGACUCCACGCACAGCUGAGAGGGCUGCAGGCCCCCCUCGAGCCUGAGAGGCCCUCCCCGCCCGAGCUGAUGAGGAAGGAGAUCUCCCGGCUCAACACACAGUUGGAGGAGAAAAUCAACGACUGUGCAGAAGCGAGGCGGGAGCUGGAGGCCGUGAGGAGGGCCCGGGACGCCGCGCUGGAGCGCGUGCAGAUGUUGGAGCAGCAGAUCCUCGCGUACAAGGAUGACUUCACGUCGGAGAGGGUUGACCGGGAGCGGGCUCAGAGUAGGAUCCAGGAGUUGGAGGAACGGGUGGCCUUGCUGCAGCGCCAGGUACCCUGCAAACAGGAUCCUCGAGAGCCAGGCUCUUGCCGGGUUCAUACUGGGGGCAAAACUCCCGGGUACUUAGAGACUGACGCUUCGGAGCUCGUGGCACCCGGUGGCUGGAGGCCUGGGACGGGAUCCCAGCGGCCAGAACUCCCCGCAGAGGCCGGGAGCCCCGGAGCGACCCAGAGAGGCCAGGGGGACCUGCAGUGCCCUCACUGCCUGCAGUGCUUCAGCGACGAGCAGGGGGAGGAGCUCUUCCGGCACGUGGCCGACUGCUGCCAGUGAGCCCUGCUGGCCGGCGGCCCGGGGCCCGGGGGUGCUCCCAGCACGCAGCAGCGAGACGCGGGGCCCCCAGAACAGGCUGGGGGUGCUUCUGAGCCUUCCCCUUGGUCCCCCUUGGGUCAGGGGGCACUUCCGGUGGGGCUGGAGGGAGAGGUGGGGUUGGGAGCAUUCGUGCCCAGGAGGGCUCAGCCUCGCCUCUGGUGUGGAGUUUGACGUCCGAAGCUGUCAGUCAGGCUGAGGCCGUGCGAGACAUGGCGCGGGGUUCUCCCGGGCCCGCAGGACAGACCUGUCCCAGCCGCACCUGGGGAUGCUGCAGGUCACUGGGACAAGGUGGCUGCCCGUGGGAAGUGCGCCCACGCCCACCAGGAGGCGUGCACAGCUGAGCACUGUGCCUGCGCCGAAAUAAGGCUGCACUGCAAGAGUGGGUGCUGCAUAUCCGGAACUUAAACGUGUUUAUGUCACAUUACUUAUUUUUGUAAUAAAUGCACUUGCUACAGCGACUGCUGCGAGUGUGCGCUGGGGGCUGGGGUGCAGGCACCCGGCACCACUUCCAUCUGGGCCUGAGUUACACCAGCCGGGGAGGAGAAACACACUUUCUUACUGUUUGUCACCUGUUUGUUUGUUAGGGCAUCCCGAGGGGGUGGUCAGCGGGAGGCCAGCCUGCCCAGCACUCUGCCGUCGGCCUGUUUUAGCUCCAGCCAGGAUGUGAAGCGCUGGGGGUGAGGCGGGAGGAACCAGGCGCCUGGCGAAGGCAAGAGAGAGGCUUGCAGGGCAAGGACUGCGUGCAUAGUCCUGGUGGGGUCAGGGCUGUGUGACUCAAGUUAACCUUCAGAACGGUCGCAGGAGGUAAGUACUUCUAUCGAUCAUCCUCAACACAGGUGUGGAACAUGAGGCACAGAGGGGUAAGGUCACUUGCCCAAGAUCACAGUAGCAGGGGACAAAGCUAGGAUGUAAACCCAGGCCAUCUGGCUCCUGAGCCCACAUUCUACUUCCCAACGUGCAGGAGCUGCCGGCACGGUGAAGGGCCAGCAUUGGGUGCAUGUGCUGUCCCUCCUGCCUGGAACACUUGCUCACCCUCUCCGCUGGCUAAGUAGGUCCUCCUCCAGUUGUAGUUCAGGCGUCAACUCCUCUGUAGGAUCCCCGCGCACCCCACUUUCCAGGAGCCCGACUGGAAGGGAUCAGUCGCUGCGGCGUGGGUGCUAGAACGUCACAGGAAGCCUCCGUCUCACUGUCCUGAGGAGUUGGAGGAGUUUGGAAAUAGAUGGGGACCUCCCGGAGAGAAGGGAGCUGCAGAAGGGGGAGCCCUCAAAUCCUUGGCUGACCCCUGAACUGUGCGAGCUUAGCGUAAGACUCCAAGAAUCCUGGGGCAGGAACAGCGGCUGGAGGGCAGGAUGUGCUGAGGAGAGCUCCCAGCGGCUGUCCACCAUAGGGUGGCAGUUCCGAAGUUGAGUCCCUUGGGGUUAGAGGGGCUGGAAAACCUUGGUUUUCCUUUGAAACCCUCAAAGGGCCACAUUUUAGGAGUAAAGUUGACAUCUUAGGGCCAAAUCAAAACAGCCCUGCUCUUCCAGGCAGCCAACCAGUAAUUCACUGGCCUGUUGGAACAAAAUCCGGCUUUCUUCGGAGCCAGGACCUUGUACUAUAUUAACCACAGUCCAAUACACAGUAAAAAAUACUAGACAUAUGGGAAAAAAGGCAUAAUGAAGAUAUAUUCACGCACACACACAGAUAUAUUCACACAAGUACAAGCUAACAAAAAUUUAUAUCCAGCAGAUUGUAGGACAAGAAAAAAGUAUACUGUGGAAAUUACUCAGGCUAGAGGGAAAUGAUUCUGGAUAAAAACAAACAUAGAAAGGAAUGAAGAGCAUGGGAAUGGGGACUUCCCUGCUGGCAUAGUGGUUAAGACUCCAUGCUUCCAAUGUAGGGGGCCCGGGUUUGAUCCCUGGUCAGGGAACUAGAUCCCGCAUGCAUGCUGAAACUAAGAGUUCGCAUGCCACAACUACGGAGCCCACGUGCCGCAACUAAGGAGCUGGCAAGCUACAACUAAGGAGCCUGCGACUAAGACCUGGCACAACCAAAUAAAUAAAUAUUUUUUUAAAAAAAGAGCAUGGGAAUGAGUAGAUAUGAAUGAAUAUUGACUGUUUAAAACAAUAAUGUUGGGACUUCCCUGGUGGCGCAGUGGUUAAGAAUCUGCCUGCCAAUGCAGGGGACAUGGGUUCGAGCCCUGGUCCGGGAAGAUCCCACAUGCCGUGGAGCAACUAAGCCCGUGCGCCACAACUACUGAGCCUGCGCUCUAGAGCCCGCGAGCCACAAUUACUGAGCCUGCGUGCCACAACUACUAAAGCCCGCACGCCUAGAGCCCGUGCUCUGCAACAAGAGAAGACACUGCAGUGAGGAGCCCGCGCACCGCAACCAAGAGCGGCCCCCGCUCGCCGCAACUAGAGAAAGGCCAUGUGCAGCAACAAAGACCCAACGCAGCAAAAGAACAACAACAACAAAAACCCCCAAUAAUGUCUUGAGGGUUUUAAAACAUGCAAACGUGACCACAAGAACUUUCUAGGUGAGGGACGGGAGUGUUUAAUGAACUUAUACAAGUGUAGGGUUUUUGCAUUGAUUUGUGGUGGACUAAUGAACUAAGGAAGCAUAAUCUCUAGGGUAACCACUAAAGAAGUAAUGAAAAUAUCUAAUUAGAAGGUUAAUAGAACAGAAAAAUGUUUUUAUUAAUCCAAAGCAAGACAAGUUAGGAGAACCAAAGGGAUAAAGGAGAGACGAGACAAAGAGCAGCUGGAAGAUGGUAGACUUAACCAACUGUAUCAGUAAUUACAUUAAAAUAAAUGGACGGUGGGAUAGGGAGGGUGGGAGACGCAAGAGGGAGGAGAUAGAAAUAUGGGGAUAUAUGUAUAACUGAUUCACUUUGUUAUAUGGCAGAAACUAACACACCAUUGUAGAGCAAUUACACUCCAAUAAAGAUGUUAAAAAAAUAAACAGACCAAACACUCUGAUUGAAAGACAGUGACUGUCUUACUGGAUGAAAGUCUCACCUGUGUGCUCAUUAGAAAAGAUACACUUAUGCCAACAUUAACCAAGAAAAUGAGAGUGAUAAUCAGACACAGUGGACUUUUAAGACAAAAAAUAUUACCAGAAAUAUAGAGCAACAGUGCAUAAUAAAAGGGUGAAUUUAUCAGGAAUAUACAAUAUACCUAAAUUUGUGUAGAGCUAAUAAUAUAAAGCAAAAGAACUAGACAAAUGCAUAAUCAUCGUUGGAGAUUUUAGCAUACCUUUCUCAGUAACUGAUAGAAGCAGGGAAAAAAGUCAGUAAGGAUACAGAAGAUUAAACCUAUCUACUUGGCCUAAUUUCAUAUGUAGAACCUAAAUUACACCCAAGGAAAGUUAACUAUAAUUCUUUUCAGGUGUACAUGGAAUGCUUCCAAAAGAGACAAAUCUGUGGACCAUAAAUCAAGUCACAACAUACUCCAAAGAACCUAAUCAUUGAAUUCAUGAUCACUGACCACAGUGAAAUUAAACCACAACUCAAUAACAGAACGAUAACUACUAAAUUCCCAACACAGUUCUAAAUGACCCAUGGGAAAAAUAAACGCAAUGGAGAUUAGAAAGUAUUCUGAACUGAGUUAAAAAUGAAAAUACAACUUGCUAAAAAUUAUGGAAUGCAGCUAAAGCAGUGAUUAGGGGGAAUGUAUUAGCUCCAAAGGCAUAUAUUGGAAAUGAAGAGAGGUUAAACCUCAGUGAUCCAAGUGUUCAUCACAAGAAGCUAGGAAAAGAACCACAAAUUAGGGACUUCCGUGGUGGUCCAGUGGUUAAGAAUUCACCUUCUAAUGCAGGGGAUGCAGGUUCGAUCCCUGGUCAGGGAGCUGACGCCAGCCACAUGCUGUGGGGCAACUAAGUCCCUGCGCCACAACUACUGAGCCCACGUGCUCUGGAGCCUGCGCGCCACAACAAAGACCUGACGCAGCCAAGUAAUAAAAUUUAAAAAAUAAAAAGUGCAAAUUAAACCCAAAGAAAAUGGAAGGAAAUAAUAAAAGAGCAGAAUCAAUGAAAUGGAAAGCAGACAAAAAUCAACAAUGCCAAGAGUUAGUUCUUUUAAAUAGUAAUGAAACUGAUAAACCCACAGCAUGACUGAUGAAGAAUAGAAAACAAAUUGCUAAUUAUCAGGAAUGAAAGGUGGGCAUCACUGUAGAUCUCUCAGAUCUUGAAAAGAGUAUAUACUAUGAACAAUUUAUAAGACUGAUAAAUUUGACAACUUAGAUGAAAUGGAUAAAAUCCUUGAAACACACCACUUACUAAAAUUGACAUAAUUAAUAGAAAACCCGAAUAGCUCUAUGUCCAUUAAAUUGAAUCUGUAAUUAAAAAUCUUUUCACAAAGAAAAUUACAGUCUCAGAUGACUUCACUGGUGAAUUCUUCCAAACAUCUAAGAAAGAUAUACCAAUCUUACACUCAGGAAACAGAAAGUGGGAAUGUCUCCCCAUCUCAUUUUAUGACACCAAAACCCAAGGACAAGGCAAGAAAGAAAAUGACAGACCACUCUCUCUCCUGAACAUAGAGGCAAAAGUCCUAAACAAAAUAUUAACAAAUUGAACCCAGCAAUAUAAAAUGGAUAAUACGUUAAUAACCAAGUGGAAUUUUUAUUACAGGAAUACAGGAUUGGUUGACAUAAAACAAAAACAAACAAAACCCACAAAACUAAUUUGCCAGAGGAGAAACCAUAGGAUCAUCUCAACAGAAGCAGAAAAAGCUUACGACACGAUUUAAUACCCACUCAUGAGAACACUGAGCGAACUAGGAAUAGAAGGGAUUUCCUCGAUCUGAUCAAGGUAUGUGUCCAAAAGACCUAUGGCCAGCUUUCUAUGUGACGAUGAAAUACUGAGUGCUGCCCCUGCUGAAUCCCAUCAAGGCAAGGUGUCCACUUUUUAAAAUUUUUAUUUACUUUUUGGCUGCGUCGAGUCUUCGUUGCUGCGUGCGGGCUUUGUCCAGUUGUGGCGAGCGGGGGCUACUCUUCGCUGCGGAGCUCAGGCUCUAGGCAUGUGGGCUUCAGUAGCUGUGGCUCGCGGGCUCUAGAGCACAGGCUCAGUAGUUGUGGCACACAGGCUUCAUUGCUCCGCGGCACGUGGGAUCUUCCCGGACCAGGGCUCGAACCCGUGUGCCCUGCAUUGGCAGGCGGAUUCUUAACCACUGUGCCGCCAGGGACGCCCCAAGGUGUUCACUCUUAUUGCUGCAAUUACACACUGUACAGGAGAUACCCAGUGCAAUCAGGCAAUAAAAGGGAAAAAAGGACAGAAAAAUUGGAAGAGAAAAAGAUCAAACUAUCGCUAUUCACAGAUGACAGACUGUGGAUAUAGAAAAUCCCUAGGGGAUCUUAAGAAAAAAGUUUAGAAUUAGUCAAGUUGACCAUCUCAAGAUACAAAGACAAUGUAUGAAACAUCUACUGUAUUCCUGUAUAUCUGCAACAAUUGGAAAAGAAAACUUAUAAACCUGUUGUGGGUUGAAUUGUGUCUCCCCCAAAAGAUAUGUUUACCAAAACGAUGCUGAAGUCCUAAUCCCCAGAAUGUGUGAAUGUGACCUCAUCUGGAAAUAGGGUCUUUGCAGGUAUAAUCUCAGGUGAUGUCCUGCUGGAUUAGAGUGGGCCCCAAAUCCAAUGACUGGUGUUCUUACAAGAAAAGGACAAGAGACAGACACAGGUGAGAACAUACCGUAUGAAAACAGAGGCAGAGAUUGCAGUGAUGCCUGUAUAAACCAAGGACUGCCAGCGACCACCAGAAGCCAGUAGUGAGGCACGAAGAAAUGUUUCCUCACAACCUCUAGAAGGAACCAGUUCCACUGACACCUGGAUCUUGGAUUAUAUCCUCCAGAACUGAGAGAAUAAAUUCCUGAGCCACCUAGUUUGGGGUGCUUUUUUAUGGGAGCCCCAGGAAACUAAUGCAUAACUCUACUUAGGUAAUGUCAAGGACCUAAAAUGCUUAGGAGAAAAUUAUCAGAAGUGUGCAAAACCUUUACAAUAAAAGCUGUAAAAUAUUGCUUAGAGAAAUUCAAGAGCACACAAAUAAAAGAUACCAUGUUCAUAGACUGGGAACUCAGUAGUCCUUAAGAUGCCCGUUCUUCCCAAGUUGAUCUAUAGACUCAGUACAAUCUCAGUCACAAUCCCAAUCGGCCUCUAUGACAAACUGAUUUUAAAAUGAGUACUCCCCCCCCCCCAUUUCUUGGACUCCAGUUACAUGUGUGUUAGAAUGCCUGAUAUGGUCCCACAGGUCUUUAUUUUUUGGCUGCGCCGCACGGCACGCGAGAUCUUAGUUCCCCGACCAGGGAUCGAACCCGUGCCCCUGCAGUGGAAACUUGGAGUCCUAACCACUGGACUGCCAGGGGAUUCCCUCCCACAGGUCAUUUUUUUCCCCCAGUCUCUUUUCUCUCAGUACUUCAUUUCUGGUCGUUUCUGUUUAUAUGCCAUCAAGGUCACAGGUAUUUUCUUCCAGCGUUUCUCAUCUGCUGUUGUAGUGUUUUUCAUUUCAGAUAUUGUUAUCUUUUGUCCUUUGGAUUUGGAUCUUUUAUACAUCUUCCAGUUCUCCUUCUUGUUCAUGUUUUCCUUUAUAUCCUUCAGCGCAGUCGUAAGAUUUGUAAUGGUCGUUUUAAAGUCCUUGCCUGCAAAUUCACCAUCUUUGGUUCUGUUUCUAUUGCUUGUUCGAUGUUUCUUCCGAUUUAUGGUUUAUAUUUUCCUUCUUCUUGGGAUGGCCUGCUAAUUUUUUGCCUGGAUUCCAGCAUUUUGAAUUUUACUUUAGUGUGGGAUGGUUUCGUAUUUCUUCUAAAAGAAUGUUGGACUCUGUUCCAGCAGGCAGUUAAGUUACUUAGGACCAGUUUGAUCCUUCUUAGGCUUGCUUUUAGCUUUAGAUUCCAUACUAGGGUAAGAGAAGCCCACUGCCGAGCUGAGACCCUUCUGAGGGCUCCACGCCAAUACCCGUGUACAACCAGGUCUCUCCACCCUGGUUGGUGGAAACUUUCCCCCUGGAUUUAUGGAACUUUAUGCCACACGUGCACAGAUGAGUAGAUUCGAGGGGGUUCCCUGCAGACCCGUGGAGCGCUCUAAGUGCAGCCCCUCCUGUCUGCAUCUCUGCCCCACACACUCCAGCCACCCCACAUGCUGGUCUGGUCUCUGCUUCCUCUGCUCAGCAACCCUGCUGGGCUCCUCCCAGUGCUGGGGCCUGCAGGCUGCCUCCAGGCCGGAAGCUGGGGCCCUCAGAGGCUCACCUUGUUCCCUGCCCUUCACUCAGGAAACACUGCCACGUGCUGCCUCUGCUCCAACAUCCAAGAACACCGUUAAGAAAACGUCCUUGGCUUCACAGUUAACAGCAGGAGGACGGUUUCUGUAGCCACUCUUCCUCCACAGACGCUGCUGCUGCUGAGUUUAACAGUCCAGGCACAUGGUUCUCACUCUCCAGACGACACCGCAUUCUCCACCGAAGACAAGCCGGGGCUCCCAGGACGCAGCUGGCUCCACACUCAGCUACGUGAGUGGUCCUGACAGUUAAGUUCUUCACAGUCCUGAGGUGUCUGAAAUCUCCUUCCGUGCUGCGUGUCUCCACCCCGCAGUGCUGUUUACUCUUAACACUUAGUAGUGGAUCCAAAACCUGUGACUGUCAAGGUGAAGCAGCAGAACGUCACUUGCAUUCUGUCAUUCUCUGUGAUGACUUGGAGGUUUUAUUUUUGUUUAAAACAGUAUGAACUGUGGGUUAAGUUUUUUCUUCUCCUUUUAAAAGAUAUGGUAAUGAAAUUGAGAAGUAUCAAUCCUUUCUGGUACCGUAACGUUUUGAUUUUUUAAUGGCAUGAGUAUGUGGGCAAACUUCAAUAAAAGAACAUUUUGCUGUUUU